AUGGACGCCGUUGUCUACCUCGCACUUUUCGUCUUGGGCGCCGUUUUUAUCGUUAGUUUCACCGUUUUGAUCAUCAUGUGUCGGAGGCGACAAUUCCGGCUGAAGAAUCUCCGACGAGAUCCCAGAUUCUCGAAACUCGAUGACGAUAACAUGGAAGGACAAAUGGUUCAAUUGACCCCAUUAUUGGCGAUGGCUUUGGAGAGAAAUGGAUGGGUUUACGAUGUGGGCGGACUUUUGCAACAUUGUGUCGCCGUGCUGCAAUUGGCGCACUCUUUGUCGGAACAGCUCUCGAAACAUUCAAUGGCUCAAUCGUCUCCCCAACUUCAGCAUCUUGUCACCGAAGCGACUCAUCGAAUCAUGCCAAGAUUCGACGAUUUGCUCUCAUCAGUUGCCAGUCCAAAAGUCGAUGUGAGAAUUCUUGAAGCACGAGCUACCGCCUUGGCGACAGUCUGCUGGAGUUUGGCUCUUCCGUUCACCCUUGCACAUCCGAAUAUGAAAGAGAAAAUGGGCGAGCCUCUGUUGAGUAUGGAGCAACACUUGGACGCGUUGCGGUUGGCCGCUCAGCUUGCCGAACAAUCCGACUCGGGAAAGGUGGACAUCGAUUGGAAAAAUUUGCCAUCGGAUUCGGGAAUCUCGGGAAAUGAGGAAGGAGAAUCGGGAGAGAAGAUCGAUGGAGAAAAGGGAAAAAAGAAAGCUGAAGGACAAAAUGGGCAACAAUUCGAGAAGAAAAGUACGAUGACAACGAUGACAACAAUGGCAAUGACACCAAUCAUCAAUGAAACAGUGACAUCAAUCGCUGAAACGGCACCGUUAUUAGAACGAUUGCGCGAGACAGACGCCGCCUCCCCGAAUGGUCAUCCAGCUGAUCCGGGCCAUCCGAUCGCG